AAAGUCUCAGUCUUGCUCAAAGCUUCGAUCUGUGAGUAGUGAUCCCAUCGCCGUGUGAUACAUUGUGACUAUCGACGGAUGUUCCAGCUAGCGUCUAUUUCACAACUGUUUGUUACUUAUAAAGAAUUUUUGAACCACUUCAAUCGUGUUUGCAGGACUAGUUUCUCAGUAGCUGAAUAAUUCGGACUCGAGCGAUUGUUGAUACAAAUGCGGAUAACCUGAACAACAAACAUAUUUCUAGGAACAAACUUCAUCUCUGUUAUUUGUGCUUUCAGUAAAAUUAUCUGACGAUUUCAUAAAAUAACCUCAAAAAAUUUGCAUAGAAUAAUAAAGCAACUGUUAAUAAAGCAAUAGGGUAGUUAAUAGUGCAUAAGAUAUGAACUACAUUCUGUGAUACUUGUGAGGAACAUUGGAACUUUAGUGUGGAAUCCGUUCUUAUGACUGUGCCUUAUUUGUGAUAGAUAGCAAUUCAACAAUCGAUCAAAAAGUGGGAUUCUCAUUGAGAAGCUUAGGCCUACUAGUAGUGAGGGAGAUAGUCGAUUUGUGCGGUUGUUGUUGAGAAGACAUGUAGGCCGGUGUAUAGCGAGGAGGACGAUUGUAUGGAGGAGAGUCGCUUAGUGAGGAAGGAGUUAGUCGUCAAUGCUGGAGCCGGCAGCAGUCAGAGCCGCUAACAUGACCGUGCUAAGAGAGAGCGUACAGAGUAGGGUGACGCCGCAGCCGCAGCUGCAGGACAAGUCAACGGACGGGUGCAGCCCGCCGCCCAGGAUCAGCUUCUCGGUGGCAGCUCUGCUGUCGGACAAGAGGCCACCGCGAGAGCGGACUCCCGAGCCUGAGGAGGAUGAGCUGUCCGGCCUGGACGAGGAUGUGGACGUAGAGGAUGGUGACAGUCCGACGGCGUCGCUGCUGCACCACCCCAACAGCCUCAUGGCUGCUCGCCUCAUGGGCAUGGCACCCUCAGUCACCCCCAUCCGACCCACCCCUACCACCUUCAGCGCCCUGGCCGCUGCAGCCUACUCGGCCGCCCUCCAGCCGCAUCCAUCCUGGGGACACUAUCCGGGCCCACCCGUCUUUCCCAACUUCGGCGCCAGUCUUUCGGGUUCACCAGAUUCGAAUAAUGGCGAACCCCCCAAACUGAAGUGCAAUUUGAGGAAGCACAAACCGAACAGAAAGCCUCGCACACCAUUCACCACCCAGCAGCUGCUUAGCCUUGAGAAGAAAUUUAGAGAAAAACAGUACCUGAGUAUAGCUGAGAGAGCUGAGUUUUCCAGUUCCCUACAUUUAACGGAAACACAAGUGAAAAUCUGGUUCCAAAAUCGGCGCGCGAAAGCGAAACGUCUCCAGGAGGCUGAAUUGGAGAAAAUAAAGAUGGCGUCGCUGGCAGCGCACAGAUCUCACCACCCUCUGUACGGGCCGGGACCGCUGCAACACUUCUACCACACGGAAAUGCUGCACCAGUCACACCCGCUCAGUGCGAUUCUACGUCAUCCCCUGCCACACUUCAUGCCGCCUCCCGGCCCACAAGUCCCCACCGCCCCCACGCCGCCUUCCGCCGCCCCCGCACCGCCGCCUCCAGCCUCGUCGUCGUCGCCGCACUCGUAGGCAAUACAGUGCGCCUCUCUCCACUGGCAAAUUCUGCGUGAGGCAACUGCCUAAACAAAACGCUGUGUAAACCGUGAAGCUUUUUUUCUAACCUGAGUAGGUACGACUCAAGAAUUUGUCUGAAGCUGGGGUAAUACUCAUGAAUAAUGGACACUCAUGACUUGAGGUAGCUGACUACUCAUGACUAUGGGAUGAACAAUUAUACAUGACUAGUGUACAUUAUACAUGGGUAGUGUUCGUUACUUUGAUAGGAACGAAUAGAAGCAUUUGACAUGCUGUGAAUAUUGUGAACUGACAAGUGUUGAUUGAUUCAAGGAAGAUGAAUUAUUAUUUUCAUCAAGAGUAUAAGAGUUCACACAAAAUUCAUUCCAUUCACCUUUGUGGACUUCUUGAAUUCCAUGAAUAAAUUCAUAUUACCAUGGUGAAUAUAAUACUAGUGGACUCAGCUGAAAGUAAUUCAGUAAGAUACUCAUAUCGUUGACACUUUUUUCAAUGUUGUAAUUGAAGAAUAUUGAAUCGUCGUUCUAUGUUUCAAAAUGGAGAAAUUCUUAUUUUGCAACUGUAACUACAGUAUGUGUGUUCCAGAUCUUAGAAAACAACAUUCUUGUGGUGGAAAUUGAGCUUUAAUAUGUACUCCGAUUUCCAUUGUCAAUAUUUUGUGAACUUGGUGUGAUUCAAUGUGAUUGCUAUUGAUGAAGUGUGACAAGAGUGUUGAGUCAAUUCUCUCCAAGGACUGAAAUAGCUUCGGUUGAAGAAUACGUUUCUUCUUGUUUUUUGCAACAAUGAAUUACCAUCGUUUCUAGUUGCUUGUUGCACUGGUCACACAGGAUCUCGUUCGCAUUCUUGUAUACGAUCAAUGCAGAUGUACUAAGGCAAUGCUGCUGUGUCAAGUUCCUCAUUGUGAACAUCCCCAACAUGAACUUUUAAAAAAGCGCUCGCAAGUGCAAUAUACAUUGGAAGCUCGUCGAAAGAAAAAUGCAAUUGCAUCCUUUCUUAUUCCUAUUUACUAAUAGAUUACAUUUUGUGAUCUGAUGUUUGUAUUGUUUCAAUUGAAUAAUUGGAACUGUUGUUUUCUAUCUGGAUUUGAUUCAAAACUUUUCAUCUUGUUAACUUGUAGUAUUUGUUACUUGCAUUAUUAAGGAGAGUAUUGUUAAAACUUACAGGUAAGAUUCAACUUCAUAUUCUUAAAAUUUAAAAAUUAUUAUUGUUUUUUUUUUUUUAUUUAAACAAGCAAUUUUGAUUUAUCAAAUAAUACUGAUAUGUACUAAAUAAUAUUUAUUGUUGAUGAUAUUAUUUUGAUUCUAGUAAUCGUGAAUGAAUUUUGAUUUUCUGAACAAAUCGUACCUACAAGCCUAUAUGUAAUAACUUAUUAGAAGAAUUUUGUUAUAAUCAAUUAUAUAUAAUACUGUAUAUCAAAUUAAUAAAAACAAUAUAAGAACUUGUAGUACCCUUUAUUGGAAACUUUGAAAUAUUUCAAUGACUAGUUUCGACCAUAGGUCAUUUUCAAGUUAACUUGAAAUGAAACUAGUCAUUAAAAUAUUUUAAAGUUUUUAAAAAAGGGUACUACAAGUUUUUGUAUUGUUUUUAUUAAUUUGAAUGAAGUAGCCCAUAUAAGUGAAGUGAUUUUAUUGUAUAUCAGUAUAGGUUAUUUUAGUUUUCUCUAAAAGCCUAAAUUUGAGAUUGAAUGGUGUCGAUGCUGAAGUAUUCAAAUAUGCAUAAUUAAUGGCAAUAACCAGACCUAGACAAGCUUUGGCUAGCUAUGGCAAAUAGGUUAUCAGAAAAGUGAAGUGAAAUGGUCUAUUUAUAAGCCACACUAUUCCCUCUUUGCUUUCAACUUCACUGUUGAAAAAGCUAAAUGUAACAAUAUAACAGGAAGUGAUCGGUUUAAAACAAGCAAUGGAGUUCAGUUAUUUCGAAUUGCUCUUGCCUACCACUUGAAUGCUUCAAUCGCUCUCUCAAAGUACGGGUACUUAGCUAAGUUGUGUUGGCGCAAAGUAGAAACGGACACACCUACUAGGAAAGCUUCGAAUUCUCCGAGCGAUUUAUCGGUCUAUAACAACUUUAUUACAGGUCGUGUAGGCCGCGCGAGAGAUAUUCGUCUGAAGAGAAGUUCCGCGCUACCAUUCAAUUCACACUACUUGGCUUCAUCCCUUUUAUUUCUCACUCUCUCCUCAGACUGCUCUCACACUGUCUCACUCUAUCACGUCGCACCGUUUUGUUUUUCAAAUGACCCUCCACCCUUCUCCGUCCUAUUCUUGAAAUGCCACUGCUACCACAAGCGAAUUCAUUUUGCCCUUCUAUAAAUACAUAAUGCUGUCUUGAAAGUAAAUAAUGUCUUUAUUAACUUUGGAAUACAGAUGAGCAAGGCAUGUUAAUUUAAGAGGCUGUGGCCUGGUCACUCCUCCUUCUCCACUCUGAAUGCACAACUGUAUCGAGCAGUUAGUUAAUACCUCACAAACUUCUGCUCUCUCACUCAGACUAUCUUUCCCGCUUCCUCCUCACAUCCAAUCUUCUCUCUCACAUCGAAUCUCUCCCUUUCCACUAACAUAAUAUCUUCCUCUCUUUCUCACUCAGUUUGCAACGAGUUCUGAACCUUCUCUAUUCAAAUUUCUCAUUCAAAGUAUCUACUUCUCUCUUCUUAUCUCCAAGCACCAACACCUUGUCAAGUUUAAACUCCUCAGUACUUGAAAUGAUUUCUUCUUAUCUCAUUCUCACAUCUAUUUAUCAGUAAUUUCUCUGUAUUUUAAAGUGUCUGUCAAAAUUAUUAUGAGAAUAAUUAUUUUAUUGCUAUGCAAUAAUACUUCAAUAAUGUCAUAUUAAUAAUGAUUAUAAGAGUAGGUAUUUUAUUCUUAUCAAUUUAUUCCAAUAAUUUUCAUGUUAUAUAGAAUGUGUUUCAAUUUUUAAUUGUUGAUCUUGUUCUUAUUGCUAUGAUUUAAUUUGAGUUUAUUCUGAUUUUUUCUAAAUUUCCAUGUGGAAUUUGUUAUAAUUUCACAAAAUUAGUAAGAUCACUUCUAAUAUAAGUAUACAUUCUCAUGGAAUAAGAUAUUGUGAUUGUAUUUUGUAUUUCACGAGUCAUUCUAUCUGAUAUAAGCGCUAUUGUAGGGGAUUGUUCAAUUUUACUUUUAAUUGAGCUACCAAAAGUGUUUCAAGCACAACUUACUACUGGUAACAUGUACUUGAACAAUCUAAUAUGAUGUCUGAACGUGAUAAGUCAUCAAAUAUAUGAAGCCUGUAUUAUUUGUAUUUAAAUGUGAUCUAGUUUUAUUAUAAGUUAUAAAUGUGGAAAUAUUAUUAUAUCAUAUGAAUCUAAAUGUCAAAUUGACUUGUAUAAUGUAAAUAUAGCCUAAUAUCUGUGGACUGAAGAGCGUAGUCGAUUAUAGCUUAUAAAAAUAGAAUGUGCAUAGUAUGUAAAUGUAAGAAUGAAAAUUAAAAUGUAAAAUAAAUCUUGAAACUUCAUAAAUAA